AUGGAUUUCAAGACAAGUGGCCAAACGCAAGCGAGAUGGAAAGGAGAGCGAGCUCUUCAUAGAUGGAGUUCAGAUUCCUCCCGAGAUGAUCACCAGGGCGAAAUACAGAAAGGGCUAUGUGUCGACCAUAUCACAAUAUGGUAAGGUAGAUGUCUUGUUUUAUAUGGACGUGCAAAAUACUGAUUGUUAGCUCCUUCGCCUAAAACCCCUGACGGGUACUUCGUGACUACUCCACAAUCCCCUGGCAUGUACGUCUCAUGGAGCAGCUCUUUACCCUGGCUGCGAUUCAUGAGCAUGCUUGAAUACCCAAAAGAGCACGAAGCCUCUUCAUCUUCUUCUCUCCUCGAGGACCUGCCGCGCGAUGGCAAUAAAAUGACCAAAGUCUCCAAUUUCGAACUAUUGAAACGCUUGAGCUCGGUUGUACCAUGGACGACGCUUCAGCACCCUUCGAAUAUCUAUAGUGGAUCUCGUACAUCAGCGGUUCUACAUAUCCUCAUGCCAGAAAUAGAGCACGGCCAACAUGAUAUCUUGGCAACAGCCUUGAGUACCUCUCACUCGGGUCUCCGGGAUCAUUUGAGUGUCGUACUCUACCUAAUCUCAAAUAAUUUGACCUCAGAAGACCCAGAGGAGUUCAUUGAGGAGAAGCUCGAACGUGACGACAAAUUAAUCUUGAAAAUUCUCAAGGAUACGGGCUGGGAUGAUCUAAAGCAUCUCAAAAUUCUGCUAUCAACUCAUGAGCCCACUGCAGAAUCUAUCACAGAACAGGUGUUUGCAAGUGCACUCAGGACAAGCAAUGUUAAAGUUCUCGAAAAUAUGCUUCGGUCUGGCAUGAGCCCGAAUAGAUUGGUUCAGGUAGUAGUUGAAGAAGAAGGCGCUUGCUUCUUGACCCCUUUGCAAUUUGCGGCUUGUGAGGAAGCUGAAAGUGUUCGCCUUAUCAAUCUUCUGAUCAAUUACGGUGCCGAUGUGGAUUUUUCCAUCAAGGAGGAUGGUGAAACUGCUCUAUGGCAUGCCAUCUGCACAAAAAACGAACCGGCUGUGCGGGAACUCUUGCUUCGAGGUGCAACAGUGACAAGGAAUUGUGCUUCGGCAGCUGGUUACUGGAAGCCUGAAGAAACACAAGAUUUUGCUCUUUUCGAGGAUAUCAUAAACAUCUACCUCGACCAACAUCUGGAUACAGAGCGAGAAGACCCGGAAAUUCUUGAGCAGGCCGUGAUGCAGCAAAACGUACCAGUGAUUGAAGCGUUUCUUGCCAGAGGUGCGAGACUCAAUGGUUUAACAGGGAAAAUAUACUUGAAUGGACGCGACCCGUUACAGAGCACCUUACUGGGCGAUGCAGUCAGGACCCAAAAUAUCGAUAUUGUACAGCUUUUGAGUCAUGUUUCUAUUGGCACAGAUCGACCUUCCCGCCAGGCGCCAUAUAUGUCUCCGCUGGCCUUAGCAGCUGCGUAUGGCCUGACAGAUAUUACUGAAUUUUUACUUGCUUCUGGCGCUGACAUCCGAGCCGCUGAUAAUGAAAAGAUGACAUUGCUUGAGCGUGCCGUUGAGAAGGAUAACCCUGCUCUUUGUCAAAUAUUGAUCAGGCAUGGUGCCAAAGUUGACAGAGAGCCACGUGAACUUCAAAGAGUCCCCUCGGCACUUUUAAUUGCUGUUCAGCAAAAUCUCAUGGAUAUAGUUGAUCUUUUAAUCAACUCAAAUGCUCGAUUGAAUGACAUCUUUGACGUGGACCCAGGUACCAUUCUUGCAGCAGCCGUCGAAGUUGGGGAUGAGGCCAUGAUUAACAAGCUAGUUAAUGCUGGCGCAAGACUUAUGGGACUUAAAAUGAAGAAAAUCGGCAAUUUGCAAACAGGAACCUUUUUGCAAAACAAUGGAUUUCUUCCAAGUCUCCUGGAUAGCUCUGGUCCCGAGCUUCUUGCAGCAGCUAUUUCAGCCCAAGAUGAUGCUCUGGCGUGGUUCUUGCUUCAGAACAAUGCUCAUAAGGAGCGUAACAGAACAUCAGUUCUCGAAGAAACACCCCUGUGGGCCGCCCUUAAAAUGGAUAACUUAGGUUUUGUACUGGCUCUUCUUGAGAGUGGUGCCCGAGUGACAGAUGAUGCUCUCACUGAAACCAUAAUAAAAGACAAUUUUCAGCUUCUACCGAUGUUGCUUGCAGGGUUCACCGGGAGUGCCCCGACAGCAGUUUCAGCUGCGGUUUUGAAAUCCUCAAUGAUCGAUCUAGAGUUACUUCGAAAAGCAAAUGUCGACAUGAGAGGUGCGCCUCAAAUGUCUCAUCAUAAAUGGGGUACGAUGGGCAUGUACAACCUACAGCAUUGUCGCCUCGAGUCAGUACUGGAAAUAGCAGCUUGGAAGGCUGAAUACCCCAUGUUCAAGUAUAUUCUUGAAUGGGCGUCUUCAGCGCAGAUGAAGUGGACUCCUAAGUCUGUGGCCCGUGCUCUAACAUUGGCAAUCUUUAAGCAGAAGCAUGAUCAUAUAGCUGAGUUAAUGCGACUCGACUCAGACCUAAAUUGCGAUAUCACCAGAGAUUAUUCAUUAUCAUUUGCUUCGCGGGCCGUUGGGUGUUUUGAUACAUAUACCCCUCUCCAAGCUGCUGUCAAAACACAGCAAGCAUCUGUCGUCCGUGACCUGCUAGUCUUGAAGGGAGCCGAUAUCAACUACUCAGGAGAAGGUCAAUUGAGACGGACACCUUUGCAGCAUGCGGUUGAGCUUGGAAAUAUGGAGAUUAUCAACCUUCUUUUAGAGCAUGGGGCCGAUGUCAAUGCUCCUGCUGCUUACGACGGAGGUGCGACUGCUUUACAAAUUGCGGCCAUUCAGGGGUACAUUGGCAUUGCACGGAAGCUGCUUGAUCUUGGUGCAGAUAUCAAUCAAGGCCCCGCAUGUGAAAAUGGGCGCACUGCUUUGAUGGGCGCCGCAGAACACGGUCGUAUCGAUAUGCUACACAUGCUUCUAGACGAAGGAGCACUGGUCGUGGGUGAAUAUGAAGAGGAGUACUACGAAGCUGUUGAGCUUGCAGAGGGCCAAGGCCAUUAUGCUGCGGCUAGACUCUUGAAAUCAUUCAAGGGCAAUGAUUGAUUUGGUUUAAUGUGGGUGGGUUAGCUGCAUUCCAACUUUCAAGCUUGGUGGCUUUAUAUCAAGUUCAGCUCUAAUGUGUCUUCAAUGCAUUGUUUUCUGAUAAGCCGAGGGAUCAAUACUUAGCCAAAGGUUAAAGUAGGGGUAGAGUGUCAUUAUCAGCUUUUGAAUGAGAGUAUGGAGUAUGCAUAGUUUUUAUGUUGUUGACUCUCCCUUACCAAGUCUUUUUGCUAGACUGGCCUGUUAGCAUCCAGGGUGAAAAGAAGAUUCCUUGUCGUUUCUUUAUGAAUGCUCUCCAGCUUCCUUGAGUGAUUAUAACCCAGAAUGAAUCCUUAAUCCGCAUGUCU